AUGUUGGUCUUGGCCUUGUAUGCCAUUGUUGUACAUACAAGUGCCCAAUACUCACCAGCAUCACCACCACCGUAUGUUUAUACUUUUCCCCCGCUUCCGCCAUAUAGCUCCCCAUCACCUCCUCCAUACGUUUACAAACCUCCUCCAUAUGUUUACAAACCUCCUCCAUAUAUCUACAGCUCUCCUCCACCACCUCCUUAUGUCUACAAUUCACCACCUCCACCUCCUUAUGUAUAUAGCUCUCCACCACCACCGCCAUAUGUCUACAGUUCUCCACCACCACCGCCAUAUGUCUACAAGUCUCCUCCACCACCUCCCUACGUCUAUAGCUCUCCACCACCACCUCCCUAUGUCUACAGCUCUCCUCCACCACCACCAUAUGUCUACAGCUCUCCACCACCACCUCCAUAUGUAUACAAGUCUCCUCCACCACCGCCAUAUGUCUACAGCUCACCCCCACCUCCUCCAUAUGUCUACAAGUCUCCUCCACCACCUCCCUACGUCUAUAGCUCUCCACCACCACCUCCCUAUGUCUACAGCUCUCCUCCACCACCACCAUAUGUCUACAGUUCUCCACCACCACCUCCAUAUGUAUACAAGUCUCCUCCACCACCGCCAUAUGUCUACAGCUCACCCCCACCUCCUCCAUAUGUCUACAAGUCUCCUCCACCACCUCCCUACGUCUAUAGCUCUCCACCACCACCUCCCUAUGUCUACAGCUCUCCUCCACCACCAUCAUAUGUCUACAAUUCUCCACCACCACCUCCAUAUGUAUACAAGUCUCCUCCACCACCGCCAUAUGUCUACAGCUCACCCCCACCUCCUCCAUAUGUCUACAAGUCUCCUCCACCACCUCCCUACGUCUAUAGCUCACCCCCACCUCCUACAUAUGUCUACAAGUCUCCUCCACCACCUCCCUACGUCUAUAGCUCUCCACCACCACCACCCUAUGUCUAUAGUUCUCCUCCACCACCGCCAUAUGUCUACAGUUCUCCACCACCACCUCCAUAUGUAUACAAGUCUCCUCCACCACCCCCCUACGUCUAUAGCUCUCCACCACCACCUCCCUAUGUCUAUAGCUCUCCUCCACCCCCACCAUAUGUUUACAGUUCUCCACCACCACCUCCAUAUGUUUACAAGUCUCCUUCACCACCACCAUAUGUCUACAGCUCACCUCCAUAUGUUUACAAGUCUCCUCCGCCACCUGCUUACGUCUAUAGCUCUCCACCAAUAUAUUAA